AUGGUGUUGUUGUACCAUCGGUGGUAUGAGACGGACCUGACUGCUGUUGCCGCGACGGGCAGUGGGUGUCGUGACGUUCAAAUGUCGUGGUGCUACGCAGAUCCGCGGCGGGGUGAGACGACUGUUGUGGUUCUCGUCGCCGCUCCUGUGGCACGUGCUGACACGGCAAACGACGAGUCGCCACGCCAUGCACUCAAGAUUACCCUCUUUACAGCAGCAGCAGCAGCAGCGGCAACCGAACCGGCAGUUGAUGGCAUAGUUCAUGACAAUAGGGUACUUUCACCACAGGAGGAAGUUCGAAGUGCGCUCUUUGAGCUUCAUGGACCACUGGAGGCUUCUGUUGUGAAGGGAGUGAGCGGUGUCGUUUUUGUGUCAACACGGCAGUUCUUCUUUCACGCUGCUGCAGGUGGCACGGCGCUAGACUGCUUCACCUUCACAGGGGAGGGUGGGUGGGAGCGGCAGCGCGAUGCAGUGCACCCGCUCGACGUCGCGGAGCCGCUCCGCCGCGUACUCUCUGAAGCCGGCGGUGACACCCGGCCGAAGCUCCAUCUUGUCACUCGCCUGGGAACGUCCUUGCAAGACACAGCGCGUGACGUGGUGGAUGUGCUGGUAGUUGCAUCAAAGGAGGACGGGUCUCCUGCAAGCCCACAUGCAAAGUCGCAAGGUGGUAGGCGCGUGCCACCCUCGUUAGCAGCACCGCCAUCGAACGAGGUACCGUUGACGUCCUCGCAUACCUUUGUUAUGGCGCUGCUGCGGUUUACUACGCGUGCACCAUAUAUUGGUAUGACCACUACUACGAAAACUAAUACUACUGCUGCUGCUGCUGGGGCGUGGGAUCUGCUGCACCUCUUCGUAGAACGUGCAGUCCCGUUCCGGCAGUACGUUGACAAUGUGAACUCGCGGAAUGCCGCGCUGGGCGCCGGCGGCACAGAAGCCGCCGUCACAGACCCGAGCCACUGCACGUGGUGCUAUUUGCCGCACUCAGACCUGACGGGUGGCGACUGUGCGGAGCUGAGGCGUGGCAUGGUCGUCGCCAUUGUACCACGGCCUUCUAGUGCCCUCGCGGUGGUGUGUGGGGGUUUCGAUGCGGAGAGCAACUCGUACCGCGUCGGGAUCGUCGCCAAUCAAGCAACCGGUCGCAGUGGUGCCGUGCAGGAGACGACUGCUGCGGUUGUUGGCGACGACAUCGACGACGUUAACCCCGAAGAGACGCUGUGGAGCCUCACAGAGGACACACACACGGUUCAGAUGAUGUUAUUGGGCGCGCCGUUAGAGUCGCUGCGUGGCUCGGAGGAAGCAGCGGCGCCCGGUACCACGCAGCGCCGUCAGUUGCACCGCACCAUCGGUGGUGGUGGUGGUGGCGGCGGCGGCGGCGGCAACUGCAGCAGCACUUGGAUGCGCCAAGCUGGACUAACGAUGGUACUUCGCUUUGUUGUAGACUUCCUUGACGAUGGCAUGGGCAGUAUAUCUAGAAAUAACAAGGAUGUUAUUCUUGAUUGCGAUGACUCCACGCGGCGACAACAGGGACUUUACGCUGCAGUCAGCGCACCGUGGGAGAGGAGCCGGCACGCACGCUUCCCGCUACCACGCGCCGUCUGUUGGCUUGGCGCGGUGCCCCUGCCUAUUGGCGCAGCUGUUACUUCCACAAUGUUAUUUCCGGAUGACAACGACGGGAGCAACAAUGACCACAUCGAUAAGGGAAACAGUAUGGGUGCUGCGAGAGUGGGCAUGGACGAUGAGGACGCUACCUCGUGGUAUCACGCGCUCCCAACAUCCCUCGCGUCGUCGUCCCCUCUGUGUGUUGGGAAUAGUGCGCUGCGCUGUUUUGUCAGCAUCAAUGCGUUGCUGAAGAAGACACGUCUGACCUACGUGCUAGAGAUGCGGCCACAGGUUGGUGGGUCUGGUGCGAGGCAUGUGAAGGCUUCCGAGCUGAUGUACAUAAGGCCAACGUGUUGUGAGCACGUCGACAGUGACAAUGAUGAUGAUGAUGAUACAUACUACGAGGCGGUGGCCGUGUGCCUCGCUCGUGCAGCUGCCGGUGCUCUAGCGAUGCGUGACCGCGGCGUGGUGAAGGCGGAUACGUCAGCAGCAGCAGCAGCAACGGAAGUGACUCUACACAACGGCCUGCUCGACUGGGUGUCGCCUGAGGCGAUCAUGUACGAGGCGUGGCGGAAGGUGGCAAAGGGCGCGCACGCACCGACUGCCAUGGUGGUGCUCGACGCCGUGACGCAGUCCGUGGAGGUGGCGGACACCCCGGAGGUGCGCGCGUUGGCGAAUACCCUCCGCCGCUUCCUCCUCGCUUUUCUACAGGAGCUCGAUUGGACAACGUACGGUGGCAAUGACCUUCUUCGCGGUGUGGUGCUGUUGAUGCUCGGCGCAGUAGACGUGCAAAAUGCAUCGUCGCAUUAUCGUGAGGCGUCGAUACGCGACGGCGGUUUAAUUGCCCCCCAUCUCUCACCGAGCGGGCUGCGCAGCAUGCAACUGCUCCUGAAGCGCACCGCGUUGUGGCACCCAUUGGCGGCGACCUUGUUUGCGUGGGUGAAUUGCAAGACAUUCGACAAGGGCGGGGAGGACGAAGAGGGGAAGAAUGAGAGGGAAUUUCUUCUUGAGGAUGUUCUUCAGGUGUGGGAGGCAAUGGCUGUGGGUGACGGCAGGACCGAGAGCAACAACAACAACAACAACAACAACAAGAAAGAAGGCAGUAUCGCUUUCAAUGACAUUUUGCGGCGCUUGCGUGGAUCGCAAGAGACUUCCAAGUACCAAAGCGCGGUGGCGGCGCUUGCCCGCGGUAACCUCACCACACGCGAGGUGGCCGCGCUGGCGUGGUGGAAGGACACGCAGGUUGGCGACCCUGUCAUUCUUCUGCUGCAGCUGCUGCUGCAGGUGUCUCUGGCGUGCGAUGAUAACGGCACCGCCGGGUCCUCUGCUUCGGCGGCGGGGGUGUAUCGACUCGCUGUGUCCGUCGUGGAGGAGCGAUUCCCACACGGUGAGCUUCCGCAUGCGUUGGUGCCCCUGCUGCUGGGCUUGAACUUCAGUAUACUGGAGGACCUGCCGCUCACCGCAAUGUGUGGAGGACUACCUGUGGUGUUUCUCCUCCACCAUCUCACCACUCUCUGCGGUGACGGCGAGGUGGAGAGAGAGUCGCAGGACGUCAUUGAAAGUGGAGUUCAGCUGCUGCGUUGGUUGUGUGGCGACCGGGCGGAACGGGCAGAGGAGGUUCUGAGCGUGUUGCGAGCUGCGAGAGUGCCGCUUGUGGAACUCUGCCUCGGGAGGCGCCAAGUUUACCACGCUGCGGCAUGCACAUCGAUCGUGUCGAGCGGCAGUUGCUGCUCCAGUAGGGCGCUGCAUCACCUCGUGGCGUCCCCCACGGUGUCUCUAUUGACGGAGGCGCUGACGGCGGAUGAGAGCAACAACAUCCCGGUGGGGGACGUCGCAAGUGGCAAAUUUGCCCUUAUCUUGUGGACACUCGUGCUGGAAAACGAUGAGGCCGCUGCAUUCAAUCCAAACCUCCUGCGACAGCUUUAUGCGUCUCUUCACCCCCGCAGUGACGCAACGCCGCGAGCCGACUCUCGUGUUGCCCUCCUGCUGGACUUUCUUCGUCCCGUCUUUCUCACGACUAUCCCACGUAUUCUCGCGGCUUUGGGGAAUAAGCACGAGACUGUUGGGGGCGCACUCUCUAUGAGUACUCCAGCAGCGGCUCUACCGGGCGCUCUUGCGCUGGGCCCUCCUCUUGAUGAGAGCGAAGGCGUCGACUCCGUAUUACGCACCACUCUGCUGGAGGUGAGGCAGCUGCUGCUGUUACACGCCGGUGACAGUCUUGAAGUGCAGUGUCUUUUGCUGCUCUUCAACGUCUUCCGGGCAUCCUGCACCGCGGCGCUAGAGCGGCCCAGCGGAAGCCGCAGUAGUAACGGUGGUGGUGAUGGUGCUGAUCGCGCCGAUGAAGGGCAGGUAAUCUUUGCCUUCUCUCCAGCGGAAAUGUACUUUGUGGCGCUACAGAUAUUGUCCAACGAGCCGGCACGAUUUUUGGUUGCUGCUGAAAUAAUCCGGCGGGGCAUUCGGUCGUAUCUCGUUCAUCAGCUAAAUAUUGUCUUACCAGAAAGAGGCUUGGCAUCUGUCGGCGCAGCGGACCAACAUGACGAAGCAAGCAAGAAGUGGCGGGGCAGUAAGGCGUUUUUGAAUGAUACAGUAGAGAAUCUUGGGCCGGUCAUCUCCGCCUUUGAGAAAACGGCACCGCUUUAUGCCCACACGCUGCUGCUGCUCUUCCUGGACGAGUCCGCCGCCCUGGCGGGUACUGUGGGCGCAAGAACAACGACAACAACAACAGCAGCAGCAGCAGGAGUAAUCAGGGAGGAUCAGUCCCAUUUGUCGGAGGUGCACAGCGGUAUCCUUCAAUGUGCUCAGCAGGCGGCGCACGCCCAGUGGACAAGGUUGCAUCAGAAGGAGAAAAAACUCCUUUCUCGUGUGUUGUCGGACCGCCUCGCGCUUCCCAUUCACAAUGCGGCGACGGAUGAAACAUAUGUCGAGAGUGAUGUGCACCACGAGGCCGUCCGAGUCGCCGCACGUCUGCAGCAGAGCCUGCAGCAACGGCUCAUCGAUGCGACCCUAUUGAACGCGGUGAGAGACUCGUACUUUCCCGGUUCAAGCGCAGCGGCAGCAGGGAUCCCGUGUGGAGAGGGUGUCGCCGCCGCAGGUAGAAUGUCCGCCGUGCCGUCGACAAAUUCGGCACUACUCGUCAAGGAGGAGGCCUAUGUGCGCCGGCACCUGCAGCGUCAGCUGCUGCAGGAGUACAAGCAGCUCAUUGACAGUGACGCCUUCCGCGCAGCGUUGGGCGUGUUGUAUUUGGCGCUGCGGGAAGAGCAGAGGCGGCGCGUCUUUGUUACCUUUGUGGGACAGCAGAACGACAUCAUGCUCGCCUUCGUCCAUACGCUCUGCGAUGUGAUGCGUGAGGACUGCAGGAGCGGUGCGCACGUCUUGUGGCGGAGCGCCAUGGAGGAGAUGCAAAGGCGCUUUCGCUACUUCAUGCUGCAGGAGCGAGAAUCGCGGUCCGCGGUGGAGGCCGUAUGCUUUGGGGAGCGCAGCACGCUCUUCGAGUUUAUGCGUGAGCAAUGCGCUCUCUUCGUUACUGAGUUCCGCGUGCGUCUGCGCUACACUGAGGAGGAAGAGAUGCAACGCGACGCCCUCUACGAGACCUUCGCGAAGGAGGAGAUGGGGGUUCUGCAGCGGUACGAGGCGCGUCUUGAGGAGGAGGCGUGGCGCGAGGAGGAUGCGGCGUGGGCAGCGGAGUUGGAGCAGCAGCAACAGCAGACCUCCAGCGGGAACGCCUUCCUCCAGUGGCAGGGGCGCCACCUCGCAGCAAAUGAAAACGUGGCACCAGUAUUUCGGCAGCCCCCACCACCACCACCACCAGAAGCAGAACCAGUGAUGCCUGCCGUUUCUUCCUCACCAGCCAGCGCGCUUGCACCACUGCUGCAGAUGGGCCGAGUCCCCAUGACAGAAUCAGACAGUGGUGGCGGGUUUCACACACUUUUGGAGACGUCCGACUCAAUUUUUAGUGCAUUCUCACGGCUGCAGAAACAGAUUAUCUCCACCGUUGCCCCGCCGCCAUCGCAAGACGGUAAGGGCAAUUCGCAAGCAGCAACAACAGAAGCUGUUCCAGCAAGACUUGUGAAGGAGCAGCAAAACGACGCACGUGCAGUGCCGUGCCCAGCUGUCUCUGUUCCUGCCACACACAGCCCGCAUUCCACGUCGGCACCGGCGUCAACCGCGAUGGGGGGAAAUGAGGGGUGGGGCGAAAACUUGGAGGAGGUGACAGCCGCCUCAGUGCCUCAGCUGCGCCGUACGGAGUGUGAAGCAAGCAAGUCAAACAACGCGCUCGAUAAGCUUCCUGCUGCACCCGAUGACGGCAGCAAGCAAAUUCGUCUACGGGCAUCAGCAGCAACGGCAGGGGGUAAGCGCCGCGCCCCACGGCAACGUCGCCUCGGUGAGGUGGUGAGCCUUGAUGCGGUACUGGAGGACCAAAAGGGUACGGCCCCCAUAUUGUCACCCCUACCACAAGAAGAAGAAAAACAGGGAGAACCUCAGAAGCAGAUUGGCAGCACAUUAGUCACGGGCCGUUUGAUCCUGCACGCCCCGGAAACUGAGGAAAUAUGCUCGGCUUCGAAUAGGCCAGAGGCCAUAGCGACAACGGCAGUCAUCAGACGUGCCGCACAGAUCCCUCCAGCGAGGGAUGGUGAUAAUGCUCCUACUUCACUGGUGCAUGGCGGUCUUGCAGUGAGGCAGCAAAUGGUAUCGGAUGAACACGCAGAAGAUGCAACGCCUCACGAUAUCACCCCCGAGAUUAAGCCAGAGGACGAUGUGCUGGCGGUGGUCGUGAUAAAGGAAGAGACGAAGAAUACUGUUGAGUAUGAGAAGGUGGAAGAGUUGCGAAUGUGUUCUGGGAAGGUGUCGGUGUUGCUGCACGACGAGGAUGCGGCUCGUUGCGUCACCUGUGAUGAAGAGCAGCUGACGCGUGCCUUUUUGUUGCGUCGCUUCGUUCUUGGUGUCUAG